AGAUGAGCCGAUACUUGAAUAAUUGCGCGUUACAUGUACUUUAUGAGUAAUGCCAUUUGCCGUGGCGAUUGUCACGUGGAACUCACUCUGCCUAGUCCUUGCUUCCCAAAUUACUGCAGUCCUGAACGCGGUGUAGAGCCUUUCCCCAGAAAUUUGGCAGAGCAGGGCAGCGGACAAAUUCCUACUUGGAACCGCAACAACGAAAAUGUCGACGAAGCACUCUCCGCCGCUGUCGAAGCCGUCACUUGCCAAGAGGCUCUCGGGGCUCGCAACGACACCGCUAACACCCGUAAAGAAAUCGCUUCAUGACAAUAUCGACUUCGUUCCAUCCUCGAUACCGGCCCAACGGAGGCUAGAAAUGCUGGCAGUAGCCAUCUGGUCCAUUCUGAUAGUCGGGUCCUGCACGCUGUUCAUCUUCCUGUGUUCCUUUCCACCGUUGUGGCCUCUCGUUACUUGCUAUAUGAUAUGGGUGCAUUACCUCGACAAGUCGCCUGAGCACGGGGGGCGGGUCUGGCACUGGUACCGCCGGUGUGCAUGGUGGAGGUACUUCGUGGCAUAUUAUCCUAUUACAUGCUUGAAGGAGGCAGACUUGCCGCCCAGUCGCACUUAUGUUUUUGGUUACCACCCUCAUGGUAUCAUUGGCAUGGGAGCUUUUGCAAACUUCGGUACCGACGUGACUGGAUUCUCCAGACUUUUCCCUGGGAUUACAACACAUCUCCUUACUCUUUCUAGCAACUUUAAGCUUCCGUUCUAUCGGGAGUUCAUGAUACAUUCGGGAAUGGGGAGCGUGAGUAAGAGGUCGUGCAGUAACAUCCUGCAGAGCGGUCCAGGACAGUCUAUCACCAUCGUCGUCGGAGGGGCUGCAGAGAGCCUGAGCGCUCAUCCAGGAACCGCCGACUUGACUCUUCGUAAACGGCUAGGGUUCAUCAAGAUUGCUAUCCAGGAAGGAGCGGACCUCGUACCGGUAUUCUCCUUCGGAGAAAACGACAUUUUCUCGCAAAUGCCCAACGAGAAGGGGACUGCCAUUUACAUGUUCCAGAAGAAAUUUCAGGCGAUCUUUGGCUUUACUUUGCCGCUGUUCCACGGAAGAGGGAUGCUCAAUUAUAACCUCGGGCUACUCCCUUAUAGGCGGAGAAUAACUGCCGUCGUCGGACGACCCAUACCCGUGAAGCGAGUUAAUCAACCAGAUAUCGAGGAGGUUCAGCGCAUCCAGACUCUUUACAUCACGGAACUACAGCGGAUUUGGGAUACCCACAAGGAUGAGUUUGCCAAGGCCAGGAAGCGGGAGUUGAAUAUUAUUGAUUAGGAUACGUUCUUUGAACGGCUUUUUUGGUUGUAA